CUUGGAGUCAAACAAGGAUCAUGUGGAGUGUUGACUUGCUUUCUACGUAAUUAUGCGACAUUUCUUCAAAUAGUUGGUGACAAGUACAGAGCAAAGCAGCUCAUAUCUGAUAAUGGCGACUUGUGCAGUAAAAGGAGGCUGCCCCAGCGACUAUGUGGCCCUCUCCAUCUCUCUUCUUUCUAUCAUCAUGCUUCUUGCUAAGGCUACAGCACCAUAUCUCAUUCACAAGAUUCCACGACCUAAAGGCAGUAGCUUUUGGCUUGUAGCAAUUCAAGUUUUUGCCAGCAUCAACCUUUUACUGUCAAUUGUGAUGGCCCUCGGUUUUCUGAGGUUCAGAAGAAGGUAUUGGUGGCGCUCUUGCUAUAUAUGGGCUGUUUGGAUCGAAGGUCCUCUAGGAUUUGGCUUGCUGUUGAGCUCUCGUAUUGUACAGGCUUUUCAACUAUAUAACAUAUUUGUUAAGAGGCGUUUGCCACCCAUUCGAUCAUUUGUACUUCUUCCACUGGUCCUCCUACCCUGGAUUGUGUGUGCAACAUUUAUUCAUGUCAACAAGCCUCUAAACAGCCGUUGUCACAUGGGGACUCGUUGGAUCAUCCCAGUUAUCUGCCUUCAUGCGUUGUAUGUUGCUGCUUUGGUUGGUUUUACAGGAGCUGUUCGACAUAUAGAGUUUAGAUUCCAAGAGCUGAAGGAGCUCUGGCGAGGAAUUUUGGUCUCCAUGUGUUCCAUUGGCAUAUGGGUGGUCUCUUACAUUCUGAAUGAGAUUCACGAAGAUAUUUCAUUGGUUCAAAUCAUUUCAAGAUUUUUGGUACUACUUAUGACAAGUGUCCUUGUGGUGGCAUUCUUCUCUAUAUCCAUAUCACAACCUCUUAUCUCACUUAAGAGCUUGAGGAAAAAGGACCAACAGGAGUACAGUAUGAUGGGCAGGGCGCUAGGUAUACCUGAUAGCGGGCUUUUAGCACAAAGGGAAUUGAUGCAGUUGGUAGAUUCUAAUGAACCUUUGGAGAAGCUUCUUUUGAACAGAAGAUUUCGUCACUCAUUUAUGGAAUUUGCAGAUAGCUGUAUGGCUGGGGAGAGUGUCCAUUUCUAUGAGGAGGUGCAACAGCUUGACAAAAUUCCAGUAAGUGAUCAUGUGAGAAGAGUUUACAUGGCACGGCAUAUUAUUGACACAUAUAUCACUCCGGGUGCAACAAUGGAGGUGAACAUUUCUCAUCGUUGUCGACAAGAAAUUCUAUCUACGCUCGAUUUGGCACACCCCAACCUCUUUAAAAAUGCGCUAAAUGAGUUGAUGCAGUUGAUGAAAAUGAAUUUGGCAAACGAUUAUUGGUUAUCAACAUUCUUCUUGAAGCUGAAAGAAGAGGCCAGAAUUAAAACAGUUGACUCUGAGCUAGAACAGAGUGGGUGGAAUUUCUCACACAGGCUGAGUUCUGUUCAUUGUGCUGACGACCCUUUUCACCAAGAACAUAGUCCUAGAAAGUCGAGUUCCAGUAGUCGUGAUUUUGAGCUGCAAUGAUGCAAUGACGAGCACGGAUAAUAAUUAUGCUUCUGGGAUACAACAUCUAACUAGUCCUCAUACAAGCAUGAAGAGUUUCUCGGUCUGAUACAAGAAUCGACUUCUUCCUGUCAAUAGUUGCUUAGAGGACAUGAAAGUGGUCGGAGAUCCACACACACUGAGGCGUAAGUGACGUGUGAUCUGCCAGUCCCUUGUGUAUAAUAUGCUAUUCGGACCGCAACUACCCGUUGCAAAUUAACGUUUGUAGCUUGUGUUUACUCUUGACGGGCAUCGUGUCAAUGAAAAACCACUAUACUUCAAAGUUUUGUAGGUAACCGUAUGUACAGACAAUUAAUAGCAAUCACAGCAGCUACCUCUAGUUAUGUUUACAUUAAAA